AUGGAACUCCGCCAUACGGUGCUGUCAGACGGGACGAUGUCGAGCACAGAAUGGCUCAUGCGGAACCCGGAUCUCGCUACCCAAUGGGCUGUGAAGAUGGCAGAAACGUACCUCAAGAUCAAGGGAGACAGAACGCAGAUGGUGUUCCUGGGGGACACAGAUUGUGGCGCGAGGCCACACGAACCCAGCACCCACCCGCCCGGAGCCCCAGACACCCAUUCGCACGAAACCACAGACGCCGCAACGUUUCACACCGCGAACGCCGGGAAUCAAGUCGGAGACCAACGCGCUACAUCAAUGGCAUUCCCAUAG